CGCUGCGCCGGGCCGUGUCUCCUGCGGAGCUCCCGGUUCCCGUCCCGCUGCGCCGGGCCGUGUCUCCUGCGGAGCUCUCGGUUCCCGUCCCGCUGCGCCGGGCCGUGUCUCCUGCGGAGCUCCCGGUUCCCGUUCCUCUAUGCCGGGCCCUUUGCCGUGCCGUGGCACCGGCUUGUCUGUGCUGCUCGUCCUUGGAUCACGCCUUAACCUCCGAUUUCCCUUAAAGUCACAACAGCAUAAAGCUGCCAAACCUGAAAAUAAUCUCCCAGCAGCUACCUUUCAAUAAUUGGUCUGGAGACUUACAGCAGCUGAGGGAUGGAGGUGCCUCUGGAGUCAGAUUUGCCAUUCAGGAAGAUUUUCUCGCAGCGUGGGUGGAUGAAGAGUGUAACUGCUACUGAAGGAGGACUUUAAAGGCGAUCUGAUGACAACAAAAGCAAACUUUCCUGCGACAGCAGGAUCUAUAGUUGUCCCUUAUGGGCACGUGAUUGCAAAUGAGAAGUGGAGAGGGUCAGAGGUAGCCCAAAGGCUACAAGGGAAAGUUAGACUCAUCUUUGAAGAUGGCUUGGGACUGGUGGACUUUCAUCUUUCAAACAGAACUUGCAUUUUACUUAUUUCUGAAGCAGAUUUGGUUGCAGGGGAUGAAUUCAAACGAAGAUUGGUUAAGUUUAGAAAUGCCAGCAGUCUUAGGGGAAUUGUAAUUGUAGAGAAAACCCAAAUCAGUGGUCAGUACUACUCAGGAGUACAAAAACUUGUUGUACUCGAACUUGGAAUGGUAUUGCUUCCUGUGGCAAAUCAAGGAGAAGCUUCUCAGCUUAUUAUUCAACUAGUGCGGGAGCAGAGCAGGGACCGCGGCUCCAACCCGUUCGUUCGCAAGCAGCGCUCGCAGCUGGCAGAGCCCGCCGUGCUCCAGGCAGUGCAGCACAUCCCCGGCGUCGGGAAAACAAAAGCGCUGCUUUUACUGCAGCGCUUCGGCAGCAUCCACCGCCUCUGUAACACACCCAUCCAUGAGCUGGAGCAAGUAGUUGGACAAACGGUAGCACAACAAAUCUAUACUUUUUUACAUUCCUGACACGCUUGUGCAGUGGUAUUUUGCAAAAUGAAAACUUGGGGUUUUUCUUCUGAAUUGCAAAAUUUUGGUUUUAAUAAUCACACAUUAUGCUAAUUUCUGUAAUCGUGGUUAGCAGUAACUGAACUCUGAUGCUUCUUUUUUCCAUCUGCUCUGUUAAUAUAAAUUAAGUGGUGCAAAUUGCCCUGGAAAGAUGUGUGUAAGGCCCCCUAGAAAACUGUCUUUUUCAGCAUCUGGGUUAAAAAAUGGAAGAGCAAUAUGCUUGCUUACUUCAGUAUGAAUAUGUGCAUAGUAACUUCUCAGUAACUGGAAAUAUGUUACAUGUGUUUAAAAAGUUAGCAUAUAUUGCUUUAUAGUAACAUCUUUGAUAUAUAAAUUUUGGAGUUCCUUUGGAAAGUCCUACAGGUUUAUCUUUACACUAACUUAUUUCUCUGGCCACCCCUCCAGUUCACAGGCUAUUAACAAAUUUAUUCCCCUGUGUCUGAUAUCCAAAAUAUUGGUUAAUUCGUGUUGUCUUUUUGAAUAUAGGUUGGUAUAAUAACAAUAAAUUGCAAAAUAUUUUUAUAUAACCUUUAAUAUGUUAAUUAUGCUAUCAAUUAUACUAUAACAUACACUAAAAAGGAAACAAUAUGGGAAGCUUUGAGCAGAAUUCAUAAUUCAUACUACUCUUCCAGUAUUAAUGUUUUGAAAAUUUACUUAUAAAGAGGACUGGUUUUCCUGACAUCUUGCAUUUUAUUUUAAGUUACAUUCUUAUCCUAUUUUCUAAGGGUAAAAUUGCCUUUUUCCUUGAGGAGGUGUGUGAAAAGCACCCUUCAUACCACUUGCAAAUUUGGGUCACAGCAGCAAGGCAGCUGAGUAGGAUUUUCCACUCCCUUUUGUGGGAUCCUUGGCACUUCUGAAAGUCAUCUCUUACACUGGUGAGCAUGGACAGCAGGUGGACCUGUUAUUUAUAUUGAUUCUGUACUUGGGAUGAAAAUGUGUCUGUGACUUAGAAUAACUAUUUCAUUUAUUGAAUAAUAAACAACAGAAUUUUCAAAAGU